CGCCGUCACGCCCGCGAGCUCAACAGUCUUCUCGGGGUGUACAGCUGAUCGUGAGAGCACAGGCUCGCAAGAAGACGUCGCGGCCACUGCGGGAAGAGACGACUUCUGGGCUUUCGAUCUUUUAUCAUGAGCGAGUGACGACGGCUGGUGGUGGUCAGCUGAUCGUCGGCGGAUCCUCCGCGAGUGAUCGCGUCUCGCGGUUAAAUUAGAGCGAGAGGUAUCGGGCACCGAUCCACCGGGAUGUCGUCGAGAUAGCGGGACGGGACUCUGGGGAGAAAAGAACGCCGGACGGUCCAUUUAGAUGUCACGCACCCCUGUCUCCUUUUCUUCGUCUUGCAGCCGAGAGAUCGAGAGAUCUGAGUUGAGAUCUGUGAACGAGGGUUUGUCCGAGGAUUCGUCGUCCGCUUUGAGGAGGCUCAUGAUAAGGAUUCGAGAAUUCGAGACGGAGUAAAAGAGUCACGACGAGGGGAUCGCGGAUCGACCUGAAUGUACAAAGCAUCUCUGAGCAUCUCAUCCGAGGAGCCGCCUAGUUUCUAAGGACCCGAGGGCAUUCUGUAGUUUCUAAGGACCCCGGCUUGCUUGGCGGGCGGGUAACAGUCCGAAUACUAACCGAGUUUUCUAAAAAAGCGUAACGUAGAAUCUUUGGAAUAAUUUUUGGAAACUAAAAAGUCUAACAAAUAAAUUUUGCACGAAGAUCCGACUUUAUAACUACACUACCCAGCGAUCUAAAGAUCCGCGCUGCGCUACUCCUUCAAGUUAGACGUCCGUUCGAGUAUCCAAGAUAUCUCAGAGCGUUCGAGGAUCUUUGAGUGCUCUCUCUCUCUCUCUCUCUCUCUCUCUCUCUCUCUCUCUCUCUUUCUUUCCCUCUUUCGUUCGUUUUGUCUAUGAAGUCUUCCAAUGGAACAAUGCAGCCAAAUAAUCUGCCACAAGUCCUCGAGCGUCGCUUAGUAAAUCGUCGGGCUUCGUAAUCACCGAAUGUCGGUGAAAAUCCCAGUAUCGAUUCAUAAGAGCGACAGAUUGAAAGCUCCUGCGGCUGUCAGGACGCUCGAUAACCACAAGAGACCCGUACAAUGGCCAGCGAAAGGAUAUCGGGACAACACAGAACAUCGUUACCGGUUCCGGGCCAUUCCGAAGUAAAUCUCUGCUCGGUGCUGUCGCUGGGCAAAGAUCUCAGCAAAAUCACCAUGCCGGUCAUUUUCAAUGAGCCGCUUUCUUUUUUGCAACGAGUUGCCGAAUAUAUGGAAUAUGCCAGAUUGCUGAAGCUGGCGUCACAAGAGGAAUCGUCAAUCUCGAGGCUUCAGUACGUCGCGGCUUUCGCUGUGAGUGCUCUUGCCUCAAACUGGGAACGCCUCGGAAAACCCUUCAAUCCGAUUUUAGGAGAGACUUACGAGCUGGAACGUGAAGAUUUUCGAAUAAUAUGCGAACAGGUGUCGCAUCAUCCUCCGGUCUCUGCGUUUUACGCCGACAGCGAGGACUUCAUUUUUCAUGGCAGCAUCCAUCCUAAAUUGAAAUUUUGGGGAAAAUCAAUAGAAGUGCAUCCGAAGGGAGUUGUCACUGUCGAGCUACCUAAAUGGAAGGAAGCUUACACUUGGCAAAACGUCAAUUGCAUCCUGCACAAUGUGCUGGUGGGUCAAUUGUGGAUGGAACAAUUGGGUGCUUUGGAUAUCAGACAGUACGGAGGAGACAAUCUGAAGGCCACGCUGGCGUUCAAAAGCGGCACGUGGAACGGCAAAGAUCUCCAUCGCGUCGAGGGCUUUAUAACGGAUCAGGAAAAAAGGAAGCUGCUGUUCCUCUACGGCAAAUGGACCGAAAGAUUACGAUCCUGCGAGCCCUCGUUCUACGAAGAAGCACUCGAGAAGAUCAAGAGGGAGGCAAAAAGCCCGCAAGGCAGUCCGGGUCACAAGAAGGUCCUAGCGAAGCUCCACAGUCUCAAAGUCGGAGCUUUCAAACCUUUGCAUCAGGACGCAAUAGACGAUUCUUCGGCAAGUAUGGACAGCGACGAGAUGCCCGUCGUGGACGAGAUUCCAGGAUCCACCACACUGUGGGAAGUCACGCCGAGGCCCAGCAACAGUUCAGACUAUUUCCAAUUCACAACGUUCGCGAUGUCGCUAAACGAACUAGACCCUGACAUGGGGAAGACCCUGUGCCCGACCGAUUCCAGACUAAGACCGGAUAUCCGAAAGUUGGAGACGGGUGAUCAAGAUGGGGCUGCGACUGAGAAAAUCAGGCUCGAGGAAAAGCAGAGGGACACCCGUAAAGCCCGCAAACACAAGAGAGGACACGAAUACGUCCCCAGAUGGUUCCAGUCGAGCACGAACCCGUACACAGGUCAGGAGGAUUGGUUAUAUCAGGGCGGAUAUUGGGACCGUAAUUACGCCGACGUCGAGGACAUAUUUUAAUGAAGAUGGAGCUUAUUAGCUUCCAUUAAAUGUCCGGCGCCCGCGUGGAUCGAUAAUAUCGGAUCAGGCGUGUGGACGGACGUGCGGACGUCGUUAGUGCAAAUAAAUAAGUAAAUCGCCUAAGGACAGGUGGGUAGAUCGUAAUAGGUGCCUCUAGAGGUCAAUGUCUCAGUGUAAAGUAAUUGUAAAAAGCGAAUCGUGCGCGAGAGUUUUCGGUGCACGAAAGGGAACCCGACGAGUCACCACGAGGAAGGUCUCCUUCUACGCGCGCUCUCUCUUCGGGUUCCUCUUUGCCGCUACAAGUAAUCCAGCUCCUCACGCGGAACGGAUGGAUCAAAAAUAUCGAGACGACCCCUGUAAACCCGAGUCGCGGUGAUUGAGGACCGGUUGCCGAGUGUUCGAUUAUCUUCGAUUCGUCUCGCUUGCCGCGAAACUCCGACACUAUUUUUAUAAGAGGCCAAGUCGGGCGACCGGAAAGGCGAUUCAUAGUCUUCCUGUUCAGAGAGCCCGACAGGAGCUCUUCGAAGAGUAAACAAAGGUGUAUGUAGGAAAAUCACAAAAAUUCAUUUCUCGCGACUCACUUUAAGUAGAUUUUAUUUAAAGCGAAAUCGGAACCUGAUUCUGGUUUGAGAUGUCACAAAUAGUUUACCAUUCGUAUUUAGAACAUGCCUUGAAAAUGAAUUGUUGAAUAAAAGUGUUGAGACAAAAUUUGGCAACUCAUGACGCAAAAUUGUCAAAAUUCACCGAAGUUUCAGAAAGGAUAUUGUUACUUGCAAAUUUUUUAAAUUAAUUUUUGUUAAAAAACUGUUCAGUAAAACUAUUCUCGUAAAAAAAGAAUUCUAUAAUUUAUAUUUGCACGAUUUCAUUCCCAUUUACAUUGUUGUUAUAUCCUACAUUUACAAUAUAAAGUCAUACUCUGAAUUAUAAGUGAAAUUUAUUUCCUAUCAUUUCUCUCCGAUAAAUGGUGUGUUCGUGCAUUACUGCGAUAAAAAUGGAAUCGAAUAGAUACAAAUUUAUCGAACGUAUAAAAACAAAAAAAAGAAAAAUAUCUAAUGAAUACGAACUAGGAAUAUAUCGAUUUGAUCAUAUCAAUAGUUUUUCUGGUCAUAUCAAUAGUAGUCUGAUUCCCUCUUUGUCGGACUUUUUGAACAAGGAUCUCGUAGAUCUUCAUGUAAAUACAGCGACUGUACAAUAUAUCUGUAACAAAGUCAGGCAAACCGAACGAUGAUUCUUCGCGACGGCUUCGUAAUCGAGCAAUAAUAAUUAUUUAACAUAGAUUUCCCGUUAUUUACGUUUCCCUCGCGGAAUCUAGAAAGAAAGGGAAUCGACUGAUUGGGGCAGUUACGGAUCGGUUGUUUCGAUGUAAUCUGUUGUUAAUGCGUUGCGAAAAAUGCCGCUGCAGGACGAGAGAAGGAUAAAAAGAAUCCCACACGUAUUUGCCGCACACUAGUUUGGGGCAAGAUUAUAUUCGCGAAUAAUGAGUGAGGAUUUUAAAUAUGCGUUUGCACAAAUUAUUGUCGUAAAUAUACAAAAAAUAAAAAGAGAAACUAGCUAUAUAAAGUAUACGCCGAUACGUUUUCUGUGAGAAUAUAUAUAUAUACAUAUAUAUCUGUGAAUAUAAUUAUUGAUGUGUGUAUAAAAUAUACUCUGAUAUACUCUCACGCAAACACAUAUUUGACACUGUUCGUCUGUGUUGUUAUUCGCGAAUAUACGUCUUGACCAACACUAUCGAACACACGCAUUGCUUACAGGUCAAUUAAACGUAUCUUUUGCGCGAUAGACGCUUCGUAGGGAUAAAUCCGAGUAAAUUAAAUGCGUCGCGUACCGUGUAUGCGUUUGUGUGACACGCUUAAUCUAGGAAGAAUGACAAUAAUUUUGUUGAGGUUCUCAAAAGGCAAAAAUAAUUUUGAACAUUGAUAAAAAUAAAGAGAAAAAAAAGAAAAACACUUGUACUCUAAACGGUGCUAUACAGAGCGAAACACCCGAAACAUUUGACACUUGCUUCAUUUUUCAUCUUUUCCUGUUGAGUUCUCUAGCAAUGACAAUUUACACUAUAAGUUACUUACAUCA